UUAGUGUUCCAGAUAACUAUCAUCACAUCACAUUUUACAUAAAUUUUUGUACUUUUAAAAAUUCAAUAUUUGUAAAAUGCCAAUACCUAUAAAGAUUGGAAUUAUAGGGGGUUCAGGUUUUGAUGAUCCCGAUAUAUUCAAAAAUAGAAAAGAAAAGAACGUUUGUACUCCAUUUGGUAAACCAUCAGACGUUUUAAUUUUAGGGGAGAUUGGAAAUGUACCCUGUGUGCUACUGGCAAGGCAUGGACGUUCACAUGGUAUAAUGCCAGGAAAUGUUAAUUACAGGGCUAAUAUUUGGGCAUUAAAAGAAGAGGGUUGUACACAUAUACUUGCAAGUACCGCAACUGGUUCAUUACAAGAGCAUCUUGACAAAGGAGACAUUGUGAUUUUAGAUAGUUUUAUUGAUAGAACAACAGGCCGCAAACAAACUUUUUACGAUGGAGAGCCAGGCCACCCUAACGGUGUGUGUCAUAUACCCAUGGAGCCUGCUUAUUGUCCAAAAACUAGAGAGGUGGUGAUUAGUGUUGCUGAAGAACUCAAUAUUAAAGUACAUAAGAAAGGUACUGUUGUAUGUAUUGAAGGUCCUAGGUAUUCGAGUAAAGCCGAGAGCAUGAUGUAUCGAUUAUGGGGAGGAGAUGUUGUUACUAUGACGGCAGUACCUGAGGUGGUUUUGGCAAAAGAGGCUGGAAUAUGUUAUACUUCUAUUGCUUUAGUGACUGAUUAUGACUGCUGGAAAGACUCUGGCGAUAAGGUUUCUGCCAGCGAGGUUGUGAAAACAUUUAAAGAAAAUAUUCGUAAAAUAGCAUCAUUAAUAACAACUGCUAUUCCAAAGAUUGCAAGUUUAAAUUGGGAUCAGACAAUUACAGAAUUAAAGGAAAUCGCCGAAGGUAGUCGCCAAGUUAAUUAAUUAUCAUACUUUUAUCCUUUUAAAUUGAUGGUAUUGAUGGUAUUGAUUCAAAUAUUUAUAAACAUAUUUAAUUAAUAGCUAUUCUAUCUCUUCAGUAUUGGGAUAUAUAUACUAUUGAUACAUUUUGAAUUUUUUAAAGAAAAGUUAUGGAAGUAGAUGUCACAUCUGUAUCUUAAAAAUAUACUUAGUUUUUAAUACCCUAUGUGACUUUAAUUAAUUUUUUUUGUUAGUCUUCGCAUAACUUUGGUACUCAUUUUAGUUCGUCCAUGCAAAUUAUUGUUAAGGUUAAUUUCGUAAGUAUUGACUUGAUCUCAUUUUUUAAAAAUGUAGAAGUAAACUUGUUUAAU